UCCUCUCGUUAUUUCGGACUGGAUACGACCGGGAACAUGUCUCCUCUUCACCUGCAGAAAACUCUUCUUCUUCUUCCUCUCCUCUUCCUCACCCUCCUGCACCACAACGCGUGGGCGAAGGUGGAGGUUCAGGUGGAGGAGAGCGUGGAGGCGUACCUCGGAGACUCGGCUCAGAUCCCCUGCCUCUACAGCUUCAGCAACGUCGACUCAGAGCCGCGCCUCGUUAUGAUCCAGUGGUUCGUGAGAGUGGCGGGCAGCAGUUCCAGGAUGAGGAUCUUCUACGGGGACGACACUCUGCAGAUGGUUGACAACAACACGGAGUACAGCGGCCGCAUCGAGGUGUCCUCUGACGGAUGGGAGUCCCGACUCAGCAUCCAGGACGUCCGGCUGCAGGACGAGCGGGAAUUCUUCUGCCAGAUUAACGGACUCGCCGCCGGGAACGCCGAGGGCCGGACACACCUCCGGGUGUUCGCGACUCCCGAGGCUCCUCUGAUCGAAGGCGUGGCGUCAGGAAUCUCUGUGACCAACGAGCUGCCGUCUAAGGUUGCUUCCUGUGAAGCUCAAAAUGGUUUCCCCAAACCGAACAUCACCUGGUACAGGAACGGCUCUCCGCUCAACUCUUCACCCGGACAUGUGAACGUGUUGAUCCUGGUGACCCGGGAGUCCUCUGGGUUCUUCUCGGUUCAGUCCACUCUGGAGUAUAAGGUGGUGAAGGAGGACAAAGACGCUCGGUUCUCCUGUGAGCUCAGCUUCUUCGUCCCCGGAGCCAUCAGGACGGUGGAGUCCAGCAGCGUCAACGUCUCCGUGCACUACCCCACCACCAUGGUGGAGCUGUGGAAGGAGUCUCCUCAGGGUCUGGUGAGGGAGGGGGACACCGUGGAGCUGCGUUGCCAGGGCGACGGGAACCCCCCCCAGCCCUUCAGUUUCUCCAGAGAACAAGAGAUGGACGUGGACCUGGAGAGUAGGCAUGGAGACGUGUUGGUGUUGUCUCCGGUGUCUCGUAAAGACAGUGGCAUAUAUCAGUGUCGUCCUCUGGACAGCGACGAAAACAGCGACGUCAAAGGAGAGAUGCAGCUCACCGUGCACUACCUGGACCCGGCGGUUGUUGUUCCUAAAGAAUCCGAGGUGAUGCUGAGAGGAGAAGAUCUGACGGCGACCUGCAACGCUCUGUCCUCCCUGAAAACCUCCACCGUCUGGUACAAGGACGGGAAGCAUGUUGGUACCGGGAACACACUGCACCUGAAGGAUGCCAAAUAUGAGACGACAGGAGAAUAUAUCUGUGAGGUCACGGUGCCUUCACUGCCCGCCCUGCACACCAGCGGCUCCGUAAACAUCAUCGUCCAAGGCGGUCCUCAGCUGGUGGGUUUGGAGCAGGACGUGCAGCUGGAGGAGGCUGCAGGCCGCACGGUCAAUCUGAGCUGUGAGGCGACGGGUCGACCGCUGCCCAGCCUCUCGUGGAGCUUCGGCGGCAGCCAGAACUGGCAGGAGGUGGUGAGUAAAUCCAGCGAACACGGGGCGCUCAGCGUGGUUUCAGUCCGACUGACGGCCGACAUCAGCGCCGUCUGCAACGCCUCCAACGACAUGGGGACGGAGAGCAAGUCGUUUAGCAUCAAAGCCAUCCCCAGACUGACGUCAGCGGCUCCCUUCUCUCCGGCAGAGGGCAGUGGGGUCAUCAUCGUGGUGAUCAUCCUCUCUCUGCUGCUGCUCGCCACCCUCGGCAGCGUUCUCUACUUCCUGCACAAGAAGGGGAAGAUUCCCUGCGGACGCUCAGGGAAACAGGAGAUCACCAAAGAGAAGCCGACCAAAGACGACAUCGUGGUGGAGAUGAAGAGCACGACGAAGACGGAGGACACUGUCCUGCUGAAGGCCGUCAACGGAGACAAACAGGGACCCAACGACCAGUAAAGUCCUGAUGGUGCAGCAGAGACGUGCAGCAGGGGGAGUGUGCGAGUGUGUGUGUGUGUGAGAGAGGAGUGUGUGUGCGAGUGUGUGUGUGAGAGAGGAAGUGUGUCUGUGUGGGUGUGUGUGUGAGAUGCUCCCCCUGAUCUGAGACCUGCAGGGUAACACACCACUUCAUCAUGCUUUUAUUUUGCUAAGCAUUAGAUUUUGAUACACUCACACACACACACACACACACACACACACACACACACACACACACACACACACACACACACACACACACACACACACAUGUACAGAUGUGUAUUUUCUUUCUUUGAGUUUCUUCAUUAGUUUUCUAAAGUCUCCUCAGUGUGUGACGGCGGUUUCUCUCGUUCAUCGUCAACUUUCCUUUUCGUUUAGUUUUUCUAUGAAAGUGUAUAUAUUAUAUAUAUUUUGUUAUUUAAGAUAUUUUGACACUCAGAUUUUCAUUUCACGGUCAUGUGCAUGUUGAUGCGUGUUCAUGGGGUCGACAGGAAAGCUCUUUUAACAACAACAACAAAAAACUUGAGGCGUUUUUCUCAGAAUGUUUGUCUUAUUUUGGCGGGGAAAAGAGAUUUAAACACAGGAUUUUCACAAUAAACUGCUGUUCCGCCGGUGUAAAUACAUGUUAGUGUACAGACGUGUUACUGAGGGUCAGAGGUCAGAUCUGCUGUGCCUGUUUCUGCAUCAUACACUGAAUUAUUACUUUGAGUUGUGUGUGUUUUCUUUGUGUUUCCACUGUUGGGCCUGAUGAAGUGUGUCAGUGUGUGUGUGUGCACGUUUUAAAUGAUGACUCUGCAAAAUCAGGCAGUUCUGCAUUUACCAAAUAUUGUGCAAAAUGCAAUUUGAGUAUUGCACUGCUCUAAAUUAAAAAACGCUAUACAUUGUGCAGCGCUAAUCUGCAUUACAUGUCAUGAAUCUUUAAUAACAUUUAAAGUUGGGUUAAUUUUAAUGGAUUUUAUGGGUUUGAUAUAAAUAUUAUUUCCAUUUAAAUACAUUUAAUUUGUUUCUGCAGCAAUUACAUUUAAAUACAAAUGUAUUUAUUAAGGUAUAAGCUGCAGAUGUUAUAAACGGGGAAGAAAUUGAGGAAAAAAGCUCAAUAAAUAAAUAAAAUCUGAAUUAAAAAUGUGAUUGUUUUAUUUGUAUUUAAUGUUCUUUCAUAACAGGGAUUUUUAGGGGUAAAAUCUUAAGUAUUGUGCAGGAAUUACAUUUUUAUUUUUAUUCCAGUUGUAAAAAAGGCUUUGAAAUACCUUGAAAGAUUUCCAGGAAUUUAUUCUUCUACCAAUUUUAUUUUUUAAUGCACAAACUUUAUUUUGGGUGCAUUUUAAAGCCUGGUUUACAGUAAACAUCUGAAACGUGCAGACACGCUGACUCCUCUUCAUUUAAAGGCCGUGUUGUGAAUAUUCCAGAUUUCUCUUGAGUAGGUUUGUGUGACUUUUUGCCCAGAAGACUUGCAGCUUUAAGUAGUGUUCAGUUUUCCACUGAGGUGUAAAUAAAUGAUAAUAAAAUCCAGGUUCAGGACGUCUUGAGAGCCAUAACCUCGAGACGGGUUCAUUAAGACGCUAUAAUGAUACCGACUGUGUUUCAGUGUUCUGGGUUUUUGUUUCUAAAUGUGUGUAAAUUAAGUUCAUGUGAUUCUUUUUUUGAUGCUUGCUGUUUUUUUAUAUUUUUUGCAAGAAAAUAAUGCCAAAUAAAAAUGUUUCCUUUGA